GGCAAGAAUGCAGUCAAUAUAGUGUUGAGGAGGGGGCACGUAUCGGCUGGUCCAUAGAGAGAGGCGAACGCUUCCCCCUCUCUCCCUUCUCUUUUUUCUUGUCGCCACUGUCGCCCCUAUGCUUGUGGCUAGCGUUCGUAUUGUUAUAUUUUGUUGUUUUAUUUAUUUUCUCUCUUAAAUUUAAAAAAUAUAGAGAGAGAUAAAAAAUAAAUAUACACACAAACAAAACGGUGUGGCAGAAGUACAUCCAUCUUUCCCCUCACUCCCUCCAUAUCCCCCCUCCUACCAGCUUCUAAAUGAAUUUACAUGAUAAUAAUUGUGUUAAUUCUUCUCCCAAGUUUAUUUUAAUUUUUAUUUUUGGUAUUUUUAUCCCUUUAAUAUUCCCCCUUUUGCCCUUUUUUUACUCUUUUCUAUUUAUUCUCGAAUCAAUUCUCUCCAAAAAAAUUUUUUCUGCCACAUGCCUGCCACGCCCCAAAAAACCUCCUCAAUACCCCUCCAACCCUUUACCGCUUAUAUCAAAUUUGCUUGCUAAAACUCUUUCUAAAAUACAAAAUCAGCACUAAA